UUCUUUCCUCCCUUCAACUGAAAAGCGAGGAGAGAGAGAGAGAGAAAAGGAGGCGAGCUUUUUUUCUUCCCAUUUUUUUGUUCCGCAAGACGAGAACGAGAAAACCCUCAGAGAAUCUCCUCCGCUUCCUCCGUCCAAAUCUUGCUCGUCUCCGUUUGGCUCCAUCUCGAUCUAUCUAAGCCAAUGCGGCUCCGAUUCAAGCUCUCGUUCGUGUCAGAUUGUGCCUGGUCAUCUACUGGACGUGGAUUUUAGGGGUCUGGCCUUCGGAUCUACCUCGCUAUGGCGUUGCGGUACGAUUCGAGGCAGAGGAAACUGACGCCGGCGUCUUACAAGUCAGCUACUUCUCCGACUUCGUCGACGACGACCUCGUCAUCCAGGCAGGUACCAGAGGCCUCCGCCGACGGGCAGAGCUCUCCAGCGUCGUACACGGUGAGAGGCAAGCCGCAGUACUUAUUUCCGGACGGUGAGGCCCUGGACGCGGAGGGAUCGAAGGAGAACGUGACGGUUACUGUUCGGUUCCGGCCGCUCAGUCAACGUGAGAUUCGUCAGGGAGAGGAGAUUGCCUGGUAUGCUGAUGGGGAUACCGUUGUUCGAAGUGAACAUAAUCCGAUUCUUGCAUAUGCUUAUGAUCGAGUUUUUGGGCCUACAACAACAACACGCCAUGUAUAUGAUGUGGCUGCGCAGCAUGUUGUUAGCGGUGCUAUGGAGGGUGUCAAUGGCACAAUUUUUGCUUAUGGAGUUACAAGCAGUGGCAAAACACAUACAAUGCAUGGAGAUCAAAGAUCCCCUGGAAUCAUACCAUUGGCUGUAAAAGAUGCAUUUAGUAUCAUCCAAGAGACUCCAAGCCGUGAGUUUCUUCUUCGUGUAUCAUAUCUGGAAAUCUACAAUGAGGUUGUCAAUGAUUUGCUAAAUCCAGCAGGACAAAAUUUACGAAUCAGGGAGGACACUCAGGGAACAUUUGUCGAGGGUAUUAAGGAGGAAGUAGUCUUGUCUCCUGCACAUGCACUCUCCCUUAUUGCAGCUGGGGAAGAGCAUAGACACGUUGGAUCCAAUAACUUCAAUUUACUAAGCAGCAGAAGUCAUACAAUUUUCACACUGACAAUAGAGAGUAGCCCUUGUGGUGAUUGUGGGGAAGGGGGAGCUGUUAACUUUUCCCUGCUGAACCUCAUCGAUCUGGCAGGAUCAGAGAGCUCAAGGGCUGAAACUACUGGAGUAAGACGAAAAGAGGGAUCUUAUAUAAAUAAGAGCCUAUUAACUCUUGGAACUGUUAUUGCAAAAUUAAUAGAUGGAAAAGCUACACAUAUCCCAUAUAGAGACUCAAAAUUAACACGACUUCUCCAAUCAUCUUUAAGUGGUCAAGGGCGUGUAUCUCUCAUCUGCACAGUUACUCCAUCAUCAAGCAAUGCAGAAGAAACACACAAUACACUGAAAUUUGCUCAUCGUGCAAAAUGCAUUGAGAUCCAAGCUUCUCAAAAUAAAAUAAUUGAUGAAAAGUCUCUAAUAAAGAAAUAUCAAAAUGAGAUACAUUGCUUAAAGCAAGAGCUAGAUCAGUUAAAGAGAGGGAUUGUGACUGUUACACAUAAAGAUACUGGAGAAGAUGAUUUCUUUAUCUUGAAACAGAAGCUAGAAGAUGGUCACGUCAAGCUACAAUCAAGACUGGAACAGGAAGAAGAAGCUAAAGCUGCAUUACUGGGAAGGAUACAACGUUUAACCAAACUGAUUUUGGUGUCUACAAAAACAAGCCAAUCUCCAAGAUUUCUUCAACGCCCUGGUGCUAGACGAAGACAUUCUUUUGGAGAGGAAGAGCUUGCAUAUCUCCCAUAUCGAAGACGAGAUAUGAUAAUAGAUAAUGAAAAUGCUGUCUUUUAUGCUCCAAUGGAAGGAUUUGGUGAAACUAACUAUGAUGUCCUGAAGGAGGAGAAGAAGAACAGAAAGCAUGGGCUUCUAAACUGGCUCAAAUUGAGGAAACGAGAUAGUGGUUUGGCAGCAUCAGAUGGUGACAAAUCAAGUGGAACAAAGUCACACACAACACCUUCAACUCCUCAAGCAGAGAGCAUACACUUCCCUUUAGAGUCUGGUUUGUCAAAUUCGUUAAUACCAGAUAGUAUUCCUGCAUAUCAUCUGUUGGAAGUGCAUAAUGAUAGAGAACUUGCAGCUGAUGAUCUCUCUUCCCAAGAGACGCCAAUGACAAACAUCAAAACUAUAGAUCACGUGGAAUUGCUUAAAGAGCAGCUAAAGAUUCUUGCUGGAGAAGUGGCACUUCAUUCAAGUGUUCUAAAACGACUUUCUGAUGAAGCUGCUAAGAGCCCGAAGAAUGAACAGAUUCAGAUCGACAUGAGGAAGGUCAAAGAAGAGGUAAAAGUAAAGAACCAACAAAUUGCAUCUUUGGAAAAGCAGAUGGCUAACUCUUUCUCGGUGGCUCAAAAUAGGAUGCGAAAUUCAGGAGUUUCACCUCCAUAUGCGGAACUUCUAGAACAACUAAAUGAGAAAUCUCUUGAGCUAGAGGUAAAGACUGCAGAUAACAGUAUUAUACAGGAUCAACUGCAACAAAAGAUACACGAAUGUGAAGAACUGCAAGAAACUAUUACUUCCUUGAAACAACAACUUUCACAAGCACUUGAAAUGAAGGAUUUGUCAAUGAGUGUUAAAUCACACUACAGUUACGAGGGAACAUUAUUUCAGGAGUCGAGAACAAAAUUUGAAGAUGACUCUUUGAAAGAUGCAUCUUCAAAGUUGCAACAUGAAGAACAUCUGGUAUCUGAAAUCAAAGAACUAAAGCAGAAAGUAUAUGAGCUAACAGAAGCAAAUAGCCAAUUAGAAGGCCUAAAUCAGAAGUUGGCAGAGGAGAGUGCAUAUGCAAAAGGGCUGGCUUCAGCUGCAGGUGUGGAAUUGAAGGCAUUAUCUGAGCAAGUAACAAAACUCAUGAACCACAAUCAGAGACUCGCAGCUGAAUUAGCCUCUAUGAGAAACUCCACUCAGCGCAGAGCAAGCAGUGUUCCAAAGAACACCAGAAGAGAGAGCCACAUAAAGCGGCACGAAGUCACUAUAAAGAGAGAAGUAAAUGCUAAUUAUGAAAGAGAGCUAGAAGCUGCACUUCUUGAAAAGGAGCAAAGAGAAGCAGAGACUCAGAAAAAACUGGAGGAAUCAAAACAAAAGGAAGCCUUUCUGGAGAAUGAAUUGGCAAACAUGUGGGUUCUCGUCGCUAAGCUGAAGAAAUCUCAAGGAAAUGAGCCUGAAAUUCUAGACUCAUAACUAGUGCUGAUCGUAAAAAAACAGUUUGGUAGUUGCGAUAGGUUUUCCAGUGUUCCAUGUGGCAAAUAGCCUGUGUUGUGCAUAGAUAGUAUUGUAAAACAUUGAGCUUUUAUUGUAAUAUGAAUUUAGUUUUGUGGAUUGUUUUGGGCCUCUA